GUACAGACCGUCAACUGAAGACAUUUAUUAGAAAUAACAGCAGCGACUGAGGACAUUUCGGUCAAGUGAGAACGUCCUCAUUUGACAAAAAAAUAAAUUACUCUUAAAAUACUCGUUUUGGGCUAAAACAUAAAAAUAAAUAAUAAAAAAAUAGUGGGCCUUAGUCGGAGGUGUCAAGGUCGAGUGUGUCGGUCGAGUGUGUCGAUUACGAAAUUCGCCAUAUUUUGUGUUUCGCACUCGAUGCCUCAUUUGACGGUCAACACCAGACAGAACCGUAAGCAAUGUUGAUUUACGUAUAUCCUGUGUUAUAAGUUGUAUCUAUUCAUUCAAAUCAUGUGUGAUUAUGUUGCAGUUAAUACGAAAACAGUACAAUAAUGAUUAUGUGAUGAAGCGUAAUGGCAGCCCAAAGAAGAUGCAGAGGACAGAACAGAUGUGUCAUAUAUCCAAACCUAACAACCUAAGUAUGGACAUUGCAAUUUGUGCAGGCAACUCGGAUGUUCACAAUGGUCCAGCUCAUUAUUAUGAGGACAUUGCCCCAAGUUCAAACAUUGGCAACUCUGAUGUUCACAAUGGUCCAGCCCAUUAUUAUGAGGACAUUGCCGCGAGUUCAAACAUUGGCAACUCUGAUGUUCACAAUGGUCCAGCUCAUUAUUAUGUGGACAUUGCCCCAAGUUCAAACAUUGGCAACUCUGAUGUUCACAAUGGUCCAGCUCAUUAUUAUGAGGACAUUGCCGCGAGUUCAAACAAAUGGCAACUCUGAUGUUCACAAUGGUCCAGCUCAUUAUUAUGUGGACAUUGCCCCGAGUUCAAACAUUGGAGUUAAGCACCAUCCAAGGAAGUGACAAAGAACACCUUGAAGCCAAACCCCAGCUGUGGAAACUGGUAUACAGAAGUGCUUCAGGUUACAGAAACGCCAUUCCAAGUUGGAUUAAGAGACUGUUAUCAAGCAAAACAAAUGUUUACAUAGAAGGUCUUUGACAGUGGUAAACAGGAUUGACAGCUACAGCAACGCUGAAUAAUUAUCACCAGUGUUGUGGUUUGUGUCAUGGUUUUGUUAAAGUAAGGAAUCAGUCUUUAUGUGAAGUGUCUA